AGGGGGGGGCAUGCAGCACUGCACGGUAGAGUAAGAGAGAAAGAGAAAAUGGGAGGCAGCAUCACCCACCCAGACAGGAGGAGGGGAGGGUAGACAGCAUGCUCGUCCCUCAAACAGACAGAGGUGGAAGGAAAGCGGGCAUGAGAGGCAGACACGAGGGGAGAAGAGAAGUACAAUGAAGGAGUGCUAUUGUCCAUCCUGACAGCACUGCCAUUUCACCAUCCGCUGAGAGACAGGAAGGGUGACUAAGGAGGGGGACGAAAGAGGAGGCAGCCAAACGGAGGAGAGAGGAUAGAUGGAGAGGAGCGGCCGGCAGUGACUUUGUGAAUUAACCGAGCGGAAGAGCGGAUCAGAGAGGAAGCGCGUUUUUCUGGGAGUGGAUGAGGAGAAAGCCGGAGAAAGAGGAAGGAGAGGACGAAGGAUCCGACUUUCUGAGGCUGUUCAUACAUCACCGGGGUUCUUCUUAUUUGAACAUGAAAGCCAGCUUUUCAUGAUUGGUUUAUUAAUAAUAAAAAACAACUAUUGAUGCUUUGAUAUUUAGUAAGACAAAAGACAACAGAAACAAAUGUGUUGCUCCCUUGAUACAAAACAUUUUUUAAAUGACUUUUUUUGUCUUUUUGUAAAUAUAGACUCUCUUUCUGACUUCUAAUUUUCUAUUUUCUAUAGUUGUAGAUCUGCAGGAGGUUAUACAAUCAUUUGUUUUAGCAGCUUCUGAGAAGAUUCAGGUUUUUUAUGCAAGUUUUCUUAACAGUCGUCUUUUAAAUACUAAGGUUUGGUGUUCCUUGUUAAUAGAGAUUAUUGUUGUCUAAAAUGAUUUGUGAUUGACUUGUAGCUGUUAGUCAGUUCAUGCAGCCAAUGUAGGAUGUCAACACUGAUUAGGUGUAAUGGCUGGCUCAGAGGCAGUCAAACUUUGAUCUUCAUCGUAUUGAUCUUCUAGGAGCUUGUGAUUUUUUGUUAGUUGUGUUUUUUUAUCCUGGUGUUUUGUGAGAAAAAAAAAAAAGCAAAAAGCUCAUCUGUUGAGCAGUUUAUGCAGCAGCUCGAUGCUCACCACGUGAUUCGACACAGCAGUUAUCCCAGAAAAUUCCUGCUGUUGUCGGGACUUUACGGCAUACAUGCUCUGCAGGCUUUUCUUUUAAUGUCUGUUGCCAUAGCAACGGGCAGCAGCUGCAGACAGAACAAGAUGUAAAGUUCCUCUUUUCUUUUUUUUCAAAAUUCAUUUUAAAAACUGGUGCUGUUUCAUUACUGAUAGUGUGUAUCAUCAUAGCAUCUCAGUCAGAAUUAGCCCAUGUUUUGUACGGUUUGUUCGUUUUUAUGUCAGAUAUCAUAGUUUUUAACUCAAUCUCUGUCUGUGUGGAAGUCUAUUAUCCCAUGUUCUUGUUUUCAGGUCAUCUGUCCUCAGUGUGCCACUAACGGGCAUGACUGUGUGAAUUAGAUUAUCACUCUGAUUUCACUUGCACAUAUCAGUGGGUGCUACUGUUGACCCUGAGGCCUAUGAUCAUCAGUCAUCAGCAGUGCUGCAUUUGUGACAGUCUGCUCAUUACAGUGCUCGUCUGUUGGUGACUCAGGAUUUCUCUUCAUGUAGGGGGCCGUCUCCUCUGCAGUCACCUGACCUUCACUGUGUUUGUGCACUAACAUCCUAGAGCUAGGGUUGACUCAGCUCAAAGAGCUUUCUCAGAAGAAACAACUGGUGUCCCUUGUCUGUUGUUAACACAUGUGUUGGAUCUAUUGCCUUUGGGACGUUCUAAUCCUCUUUGGACUUACUUUUGGUUCUAUUGAGUGUGUGACAGACUGUUAAUUUAUUCCGCAUGCUCUUUGUCUAAAGACUUUGUGACUUUUCCAGCCAUACUUCUUUAAAGCUUUCUGGAGAUCAUCCAGGCCUGUCUGGCAGUGCAUGAGUGUAUCUGGAUCCUCCUUGGUGCUUUUUGGCCAAGACCAGAUGGAUGGCUAGCUAGAAUUGCUAGACAAUCCCUCUGUGGUGCUAGACUGGUGUAGGCGACUGUUCCUUUUGCCAUGCAUCCAGCACCCACUACAAUCUUGAGUGUUGUACUUUUGGCAUAGUUGCUUUCUGAAAUGUUAUAACAAGCCAUUUCUUUUGGCAUUAUUUAAAGGUUGGUGCCAGAUGUGCAGCCUUGUGUAAAUUAUUCGUCUUUUGCAAGUCUAAAGGUCAAUGUUCUGUAAAUAUGACUAGUGCCUCAGCAGCACUGAGGUUUAGGCAGGCCAGCUUGCUGCAGGGCUGUAAGUGUAAAUUUGCCUCCCACUGAGGUCAAGUUGUUACAGACUGUUUCAUUUGUGGGAUGUCGGUUGUGAGCGACUGUUAAUGUAAUCAGAAUAUUUGCCUUCUAGGUUGGUCUAUGCAGAAAGAUGCAAUGUUUUAAGGUGUCUGUUGAGCAGAGCUGAGAUUUAACCAUUCUUUACAUUGGGUUGGGAGCUGUCCUGGCUUUUUUAUAUCAUACACUAUGUGGCAGUGUCAACAUUCUUCUCUCAGGUAAAAGACUAUAAUCUGGGCUUGUUACUGAAUAAACGAUCAGAUGACACCAAUAACAAAAUGCAGUUUUAGUUGGGUUUCUUUCUAACCCUGAUGAGCAAGUUCAUCUUCAGCACUGCUGAGCUCUUGCUUUGUGGAAGCCCGGAUUAUGAGAUCAAACCUGACAAAUCAGGUUUCAUUGCCAUCACAACGAGCCCACCAGUAGUGUUCAUCAGCCAAUGACCCACAUUCUCCCGUGUUACAUCACCACCGUGGUGCUGCAGUGUCUGUCACUGUACCCGUCAGACAGCAUCUCCCAGGAGGCCUACCACGAUUCAAUGGUGCUCAAGGAAUAAAGAACAACAGCAAAAAAAAAAAAAAAAAAAAAGAAAACUUGGUCAAUUUUAGGGAACACACUUGAACAAAAGCAGGCUCUUUUGUUUUAGCCAUAUCAGGAACCUCUGUCAGGAACCGGCUCCACUCUGUGAGCCCAGUCUUAAAAACAAACUUUUCUGUUUGAUUUUUUUUUUCUGGUUUUCUACGGGUGUCUGUAAUGACCGUGUCUCGCCUCUAGCCAUCACAAAACCUUAAGUUCAGAAGGCAUUUAGACGGUGCUCACUUGCAUUUUUUGAGUGCGGUUCUGUUAAACGGGACAGCCUGGAGAACGGGCGAGCCAUCGAGGGAGGGGGAGAGGGGGCGCGAGAGAUCGUUUGGAAAAGAAGGGAGGAAGUGGUGGCGCAAGAGAGGGCGGAGGCGCUGGAGAGACAGAGGCUGGCAGAGUACAUUGUGUGGAGGAGGAGAGAGGACUUCCAGGACAAGAAAGGAGACAGAGAGAAGGGGGGAAAGAGCGCAGAAAAGGGAAAAGAAGCUUCGCCAGAGGUCAUCUGGAAGAGGAGAGAAGACGAAGAAGGAGACGCAGGAAGGGAGAGGGCCAAAGCCAUUCAGAGAGGACAUGAAAUCAUUUGGAGGAAGAGGGAGAGAGAGUAAAACAACACCCGAUGACACAUUUGAGGGUGUUAUGUUCAUGAAAAGUAGGUGCUUAAGAAGCUGUUGCUGCUGCUGACACACAACUCUGGUAGUUGCAGAGCAGGAGCCCUCCUCUCUUCUCCGGCAGGUGCCUGGUGUAUUAUUGACCAGUUAAAGUUUUGGAUGAUGUCUGCACAGCCCCUCUUCUAAUCCCUGUGUUGGCUCCUAAUGGGAUUUUGUUUUUUUAUGGGCCUCUGUCAAGCAAGAUAAGACUGCCAAGCGGAGCUGCUUCACACAUGUGCAUGCCAUCACUGCGGGCUGGCAAGGUUUCCAGCACCUCACGCAUGUAGUUGUGUUGCAUCCAAGUGCACAGCCUUGGUUCCAGAAAAAAACAUGCAUUCCGAGUGACAGGAACUUGUGGGGACUCUAAUGACAGCUUAAAAACUGGCUCUCACUCAGGGACGGUUAUGUUGGGAUGAGAUACUCACAGAUUGUUUUACAUGAUGGCAGAACUCCAAGAAGAACUGUGGAGCUGAGAGCUCGUCUUCAUUAGUCCUGGAGAACUCAAAACAAAUCACUAAAAGACUGAAACAACAUGAGCUGUAAAAGUCCUGAAUGAAACUUUUCCUUUUUGUCUAUCUGGGACACCCCACUUCUCCGGACCUUCUCUCAUUCUGCUUUCUCUGUGGACGGACUUGUAGUUAAAGCAGUUUGGUUUGGCUGCCAUACAAUGACUGGAGGACAGACAAUCAGAUUACGUGGAUGCAGCUCGAACCAUGAGCAAGACAUGCAAAUGGCUGUGUCUUUUCAGAGAGAAACUUUAGUUUGGCAGACACUUUGAACCACUACAGCCUCUGUGGACCUGUCUGGGCAUUAAAAACUCUCUGCAAGAUCAAUAUGGAGCUUGUGCCCAAAACUAAGUACACCCACUUUCGGAGUGAGUCGCUGAGUUCAAACGAUGACACGAACUCUAAUCCAUCGUCGUUCCCACCUUCCAGUCCCGCCACCCCUCUGACCCCUUCCCCUGGUUUACCUUCUUCUCUUUCCUCCUCGUCUCUCACUCCCAUUUUGCCCCCCACCUCUCCCCGUCCGGCAGAAAACAGCCCCACCACUCUCUGCUCCUUCUUCCCCAGGAUGGGUUCCCUUCGUCUGGGCGUCACUGCUACUCUCCUUCCAGGACUCAAGGCCUCGAGCAGGUCGCAGCCAUCUCAGCUGGCUGUGGAGUCCUCUGGGGACGAUAGGAGCAACUCUAGCUCCUCCCCUCCUCUUCACCAACCUGUUCCCCUCCUAACUGCCCCCUCUCCCCCUCCCCGACCUCCUCUGCAGGACAUGAACCGGCUCGGAGGGGCGUCCAGGAGGGCACGGGUGGAAGGAGGGCAGCUGGGAGGAGAUGAAUGGACGCGGCAUGGCUCCUUUGUUAACAAGCCCACCCGUGGCUGGCUCCACUCUGACAGUGUGGUCAGCACCACUGGUGUGUCCUACACUGUAACGUACAUGGGUUGUGUAGAGGUGCUACAGUCAAUGCGGGCGCUGGACUUUAACACCAGAACACAAGUCACCAGGGAAGCUAUUGCUGUGGUGUGUGAGGCAGUACCCGGAGCCAAAGGAGCCCGCCGAAGAAAGCCUUCCUCUCGGUGUCUCACAUCAAUUCUGGGGAAGAGUAACUUGCAGUUUGCAGGCAUGCCAAUCAGCCUCACCAUCUCAACCAGCAGCCUCAAUCUGCUGGCCUCUGACUGCAAACAGAUUAUUGCCAAUCAUCACAUGCAGUCCAUAUCCUUUGCCUCUGGAGGAGACCCAGAUACAGCAGAGUACGUAGCAUAUGUGGCCAAAGACCCAGUCAACCAUAGAGCAUGUCAUAUCCUGGAGUGCACAGAGGGUUUAGCUCAAGAAGUCAUCAGCACCAUCGGCCAGGCCUUUGAACUGCGUUUCAAACAAUACCUUAAAACCCCCCCUAAACUGGUCACCCCUCAUGACAGAAUGGCUCCGUUCGAUAGCUCUGCAUGGGAGGAGGAGGAGGAGGAGAUCGCACCGCCUCCUGAAGUUCCUUACUACAACAAUUUCCCAGGGAAGCAGCCUCCUCCCGGUGGAAUAAUUGACAUGAGGACCCGCUCUGGAGCCACACUGCUCUAUGGACAGCAGGGCCAGAAUGACAUUCACAAACAGCCGUUGCCCCCGCUACCAGUGGGUGCUAAAGAAGGAACUCGAGAGCUCUUUGAUGACCCUUCAUAUGUCAAUGUGGACAAACCUCGUCCUCCGCUUGCAGCCAACGGAAAUGCUAACAGAGACGCCUUUGACAUGAAACCACUGGAUGAUGCCCUCGGGGUCUCUGUGACAGCGGCGCCCCCUAUGGUGCAGCAGCUGCAGAACGAAAUCUGGUUCCAUGGCAGUUUAAGUCGCAGGGAAGCAGAGAGACUUCUGACCAGAGACGGCGAUUUCCUGGUGCGGGAGUCCGGUACCACACCCGGACAAUAUGUUCUAACGGGGCAGCAGGGGGGUCAACCCAAACACCUGCUGCUGGUGGAUCCAGAAGGGGUGGUGCGCACAAAAGAUCACCGGUUUGGAAGUGUCAGCCACCUGAUCAGUUACCACUUGGACAACAGACUUCCCAUCGUGUCAGCCGGGAGUGAAGUCUAUCUGCAGCAGCCAGUGGAACGCAGAGCUUGAAACUGCACACCAAUGAAAUGCUCCAACAGAAAAUCAUGACAUUUUCACCAACAUAAAUAUAAAUGGACACGCUCGGCACAGAGAACCAAAAAUAAAGAAAGAAAAUCAUCACUCCUGUAACAUAUUUCUGCCAAACUGUGACUUGCAAUCUCUCAUCAACCAACAAUAUCAGGUGCGGUCCUCCAGCACGGAGAAGCACUGCUGCAAUUUCUCCGUUUACUGUGAAACAGGAAGCAAAUGCAAUCCAAUUCUGAAGAACAAUCUUGACUCUCCAUUAUGAAUACUCACUAAAGUAGUCGAACUGCGAAGGAUUGAGGAUGGAUACAGACGUUUUGGAAAGAGGGGUUCUGCCCUCAGACUGUUGCUGAAGCAUUUAAGACUAAAACAAACUGGAUUCUGAAACUGUUUCUGCACCUCUUCCUUCAAGCAUCACAAGAGGACUUCAGCAAUUCUGACUUGAAGACAAUUCUAGCAGACUGAAAGGUCCCUCCGCCUCAAUCUGCUCCUCUUUUAAGGUCUUUUGAACUUUGACUGCUGGAUGAAAACCCGAAAUUUGGGACUGCUAUGCUAAAGACCAUCAUUUGUGUUCUUUUUCUAGAUAGAUAUCAGUCUGUUCUCUUAAGUCUCGUCACUCACUGGACAUUUGUAUGCAGGAGGAUCAAAACCGCUGCAUCCUUCUAAUCCCUUUGCACACACACACCUUUGGACCACACACUCCAAACCAUGUGUCAUGCCAAAGAUCAUUAACUUGGUUGCUAACUACAGAAAAGGAAGCCAUGAUAUUUACCACCACUUGUUUAUCAUACUACUGUCAAAAUGAGCCUGUUUUACUUAUACUGAAAAAAAAACAGGUGCCUGAUUUUAGUAUUAAAAAAUUCAAAAGUACUCUGAUGUCAGACACAAUUCCAAAAAUUAGUCAAUUGAAAAAAAAACAGACUGGAUCCUUUCGGCCACUUUCUUUAUUGUUACAUAUUUGUAUGCAUUUGCAUUGACAAUCUAUGGGUUAUAUCUUUAGACGAAUAAUUAAAGAAAAAAACCUUUAACAUGAUGGCCAAUGGGAAAUUUUCACCAGUCUCUGAGCAAUGAAUUCUUCUGCAAAAAAAAAGGAAAAAAUGCAAAGUUUGUUCUUAAUGAGUUUAGUCACUUUUGUGUAUUUUUGGGAACUUAAAGAAAAAAAAAAGUAAAGAUCCCACUUUACAGCAUUUUUGAAACGUCCAGCCAAAUCUUGCUUCUCUGUGUGCUUUUUUCAAAGAAAUACCAGGAUCUUUUUGGAGAAUUUGACACUCCGUUUUCUUCUGUCCUCCUUUGAUAAGUGGUGUUUUCUUUUUUUUUAAAUAUCUUUUUAAUCGUGCCUUGUUUCUUCAAUGCAGUCAUGUCACUUCAAUGCAGUCACCUUAUGUACUUAAUAGAAACGAAGUCAACUGCUUCGCUAAGGAUUACACUCCCGACAAACAGCAAACGUUCCCAGUGAUGACAAUCUCCUGGGACGCACUUUCCAGCGUUGAGUUUUAAGUCACAGAUACUUGAUGUCACCGGUGGGGAGGGCGAUUUCCUGAUCACCUGUAAAUACUGUUCAUGUUUUAACUGCUCGGCUUUUGGACUGUAUGAUUGUUUCCAUUGUUGCGUAAAACAAAGACAGCGUUAAGGUAGCUCACGUCGAGGACAAUUCCAAGCCAAAACCUUGAGACACGAGAAGGGAGCUUUGUUGCCUAUAAACCCGCCCCCCCACCUGUCAGAAGUCAGCCUCAGAAAUGUGCAUGUGCGGAGUCAAACACGCAUGUGCACACAUGCCAGAGGGACAGCUGGGUCCGCCAGACUUUUAGAGACUUUAAAAAUAGGAAAGCCAGAGAAAAGUUGUCAUUACUGCGUGUGCCUGUUGUGCUGGAACACACUCACUUCUGUAUUAUAAUGAACCGGUCCUGCGUUCACUUUGUUUAUCACGGUUGCCUUUGUUGCAUGACAAAAUCCUUUUUCUGAAAUUUGUGGUUUGUUUGGUGAUGUCGAUUGUGUUUUUUUGAACUCUGUUGUAAUUUUUGUUGUUUUUCCUUAUGUUUUUUUGAAGCCAAAGGUUCUUUUAGCGUGCACAGAUAUUGAUUUUUACUUUAUAUUUUUCUGUUUUUGAAAUGUUUUGUUUUCUUUUUAGGGAAACGCGUUUGUUUACACCUGUAUCUGAAAAUGUAGAAUCCGUAUAUAAAUAUAAAUGUAUAUCA